CGUCCAAGUACCCCAUAACGAGUUGACUCGGCAUUCACAUCCCUUCGCUACGACCAUCUGACGUGAACAACGAUGACGAUGACGAGGAUGAGGACGUGGUCAUCAGCGUAGAUCUUCACACCCAUCACACCACCCUUCUAUUCACAAGUGGGCGUCUGUGUAGCGCUCUCGACAACGUCUUGACCUUCCAGCCAGCUGGAUUGCAACCGAGUCCGACUAGCCACUCGCCCUCGCCCUCGCACCCGCAUCCUUCUCUCCUGCCCGCCGGCGUUCGAUCGAGCUUAGCUAAGCAAAGCGAAGCAAAGCAUCGCAUCGCAUCGCAGCUAUGGUCGGCGCACGCUCUCGUCCACAGCGUCUAGAGCGUCGACAGUUUCCCCCAAAUGGAGCAGAACAUCAGACCCUCUACAUGCACUGCGAUUCCAUCGCUCUGCGCCAUACGUUGCGCAAUCACAGGCCUAGACCUCGCAUUCCAUUGACACCUUGCGCCAUCGUCUUGCUCCUAUGCGUCAUCUUUGGGCUGAUCUUCGGCGAGGUGCAUGCUAAUGGGAAUGCCCACGCUCGCGAUAGCAGAGCUGUUCAAUCGCAGCCACAGUCGCAAUCGCAAUCGCAAUCAUCCUCUUCAAAUCGGCAACGAGAGGCAGCAGAGGUGGGAGGCGCAGGUUCGGGAGAUGGCGAGGCGGGGGAUAAGCGUGCGGGUGGGAGGGAAGCGCCAAAGGAAGAGGAGCAAGAGGCACUCCAUGCACCUCCUUGGCUCGACUUGUCGCCUGAACAAGCAUUACGUCAGGCGCUCUCCUUGCUCGACAACACCAUCCUCCCGCCCACGCCAAGUACGAGCACGCAUACAGAGACCCCUUCCUUUUCGGCAGACGCAGACGUCCGAGAUGAAGAUGAUGAAGAAGCCCCACUUCGCAAGAGUCGCAAAUGGUUCAAGCGGUUGUUGCGUAGACGAGCAGAAGACAGCUUCACUUCAGACAGCAGCGACAGACAAAAGCACGGAGCGGUGCACGAUGCAAGCUCGCCCAAUGCGAUGGAGCUUGUUCGAGCUGUUUGGGCAUUGUUGAAGAGGCACACGCCUGUUGGGUCUUUGGUGAGGUUCAUCGAUCGCCUGUACAACCUCCAAGCGGCAUCUUCCAUCCGUCUACGUGCUCGGCUCAAACAACUAGGCUUCGACAUUGCACCUUCUACCUCUUCCUCCUCCUCGUCAUCCUCCUCCUCAGCUUGGAGAAGGAAGAGCCCCAUGUGGGAAAAGGUGCAUGUGGGAUCUUCGAAUGGGAAUGACGGAUCGAGGGAAAAGAGGAUCUUGUUGAAUGGACCUUUGCACAUUUGGCCCGCUUGGACUUUGACCGGUUGGCAGGGAGCAUCCAGCGGUCCUUUUCUCUUUCCCAACAAUCGGCCAAGGGAAGAGGAAAGGAACACGAAUUUGAAAGCGAUGAGGUUCAGAAAGAAGAGCUACUCGGACAGGCUCAUCCUCAGCUUCAAGGAGCGAUUCGGAAUCGCGGACGAGGGACAUGUGAUGAGGGGCACAUGGAGGCUCACUUGGAGAUUUGGCAGGCCCAUUGACCGAAAGGCCGAGGAGGCGUUGGAGAAGAGAGACAAGGCAAUGAUGUUGUUGGAGUAUGCAGCGGGAUUCAGAUCGGCCAAUUCCACCGCUCAGCAAUCCAUCGACUGGCAAGCGGUGCGACGCAAGACCUCUUCGCCUCUCAGCGUGCUCCAGCAGCACUUCUCCGGCAAUCCGACAAAAGUCAAAGGCGAAAACUUGACAUUGGUGGACGCUAGAGCCCGCUCCGACGCGCUUUUUGUGCUGGGUCAAGUAUCCAACUAUGGGCUGUACGGUCUAUCCGAGCAGACCGAUCGAGCAUACGUCUCUUUCAAAAAGCUGAUUGACCUGCCCGACGUGUGGGCUUCGGACGUGUCCGACUCGCUCAGCCAGGCUGAAAAGAACGCUGCGGUCGAAUUUGGGUCAGGGCCAGUAUCUGGACUAGGACGAGGAAAUGCGACGGCGAGCGCGCUGUUGGCGGAUAUUGUAGGGGGCGCUUGGAGCGCUAGUGGGAUUGCCCUGCAAGCGCAUGGCGUGGAAACGCAAAAGGUGCAGCAGGACAAGGCUCUUUUGCAUUACCAUACGGCUGCACGCGCCGGCGAUUUUGCCGCCCAAACUACAUUGGGAUAUCGAUAUCAUGCGGGCAUCGGAGUGCCCAGCGACUGUGCUGAGAGCUUGAGGUGGUACGAAAAGGCUGCUGAGCAGGCUUACCAACACUUCUUGACCGGACCUCCCGGCGGAUUGGGAAUGCCUCUAGCAAAGACGCGUCUUUCGGACUUGGAUGGCGGAGCGUACGGACCGGGGGCGUCUGCUGCAUCUACGGGUCUAGCGGCCCGUCGACCGGCCAUGGCGGCCAUAUUGCACUCCCUGCCCUCUUCCGAUCCCAAUCGCAUCGGAGAUCUGCUAGAGUACUACACGCACCACGCCUUUCGAGGACACACGUUUUACGCGCUCAAAUUGGCGCACAUUUGGUACGCUGGAUCGGUGUACGCCUCUUUGGGAGGUGCAGGUGCGGCGACGUCGAUGCAGGGAGCAGAAGGAGCGGGAAGAGUGAGCAGGGAUUAUGCAAAGGCUAGAAUGUGGGCUUUGAGGGUCACGCAGGAUGUGUGGCCCGUCGAUUCUAGAGUGGUCAAGAGAGGAGGUCCGGCGGGCUAUGUGGCUAGCAAAGGUCAGAAGGGAGAAGAUGUCAGAUUGAAACACGACGAUGUCAGAUUGGCGCAGGCGGCUAGUGCGGCGGCCAUGAUGGGAAAGAUGUUCCUCAGAGCAGAAGGCACUUCACAAGACUUUCAUCGCGCAUGGGUUUGGUUCCGCAGAGCGACGGAUCUGGGAGAUGUGGAAGGCUACAACGGACUGGGCGUCAUGUAUCGCGAUGGACUCGGCAUGCCUCGCGAUGUGAAGAAGGCGGUGGAAUACUUUGAAGCAGCUAGCAAUGUGGGAGUUGCAAGCUCGCAAGAGGGCUGCGUGAAUUUAGCGCAGAUCCACCUGGCGAUGGGAGAUCUGGCUGCUGCUGCCAAAUUCUUGGAAGCGGCCAUGCGUCUGGGCAAUCCGUUUCAGGCUUAUUACCUCCUAGCGACGAUCCAUGCCCGUCUUGCGCGCUCUCCCGUCGGGCUACCGCUGGUUCGCAAGGAAGAUCAAGCGCCCAUAGGUCCUCCGGGCACGGCCUCGCACGAGAGGUGCAAAUUGGCCGUCGCGGGUUUCAAAUUGGCUACGGAGAGAGGCGACUGGUUGAAUCCGGCCUUUGCGAGAGGGCAGGAUGCUUGGGUAAAGGGAGACGCGCUCAUGGCGCUCAGACUUUGGAGCGCGGCGGGCGAGAUGGGAUACGAAGCGGCGCAGAACAAUGUUGCGUACACCCUAGAUAAAGACAAGCAUCGGCUGCGCGUACCGGCCAUAGGCGCACAGCCAUCAUCCGCCAACUCGGCCAGCGAUCGCCUCGCCUUGAUCCAAUGGACUCGUAGCGCAGCUCAAGACAAUGUGGAUGCGCUCGUCAAGAUGGGCGAUUACUACUUUCACGGAAUAGGCAUCCAGGAUGCGGCGCUUUUGCCUACCGAGAUCACCGUUGCCGAGUCGGAAACGAUGCCUGACGCGUUCAGCAGCGCUGACUCUUCCACCAACAGCAGGAGGAGCAGCAGUAGCAGCAGCAGCGAGAGCAAGGAUGCCUGGGCUAGUAGCAGAGCAGCGUUCUUGUCUCACCCCAUCCAAUCACCGUCUGCUCCUUCGUACGAAAAGGCAGCAGCUUGCUAUGCUGCAGCAGCGGAUCGACAAUCUUCAGCCUUGGCCUACUGGAACAUGGGCUACCUGUACGAGUCUGGUCUUGGAGUGCCAAGACAAGACUUUCACUUGGCAAAGAGGUACUACGAUAUGGCGGUGGAUGUGAGCUCGGAAGCUUAUCUGCCCGUAGCGCUCAGCCUGGUCAAGCUUCAUUUGAAGGCGCUCUGGGCUACGCUCCGACGCGGAGAUGCUUCGGCUAUCGCCUUGCUGAAGAGCUACGCUCAUGCUUCGUCCGCUUCGGACGGCCAGGCCGCUUUGGCGUAUACGGAAGGACAGGAAAAAGCGGUGCUCGAAGCUGCUGCAGCUGUCGCUAGAGCUGGCGGGGGCCAAGGACAAGAUGGAGGCGCUGCUCGAACGCACGAUCAGCAAGGUAUGCAUCGUGCGCGCGCUCAAGGACAGCAGCACGCUCGACACGGAGCAGCAGCAGGUCGUGCGGGGCUCAAUCCUGCACAAGCCGAUGCGCAGAUGGGUCAAGGUGGAGAUGUCAAUUUGCCCGAGACGUACGAUGUGCGACAGAGAGGCGAGGAAGGAGCGGGGGAUUCGAUUCGCAAUGGUGCAAACGGCGCCUCGCCGCGCGAUGGUGGUGGUGGCGGUGGUGGGGAGAGGGAUGCGAGACGCUUCGAUGCGGCUAGAGAAGAGGAGCUGGACGAGAUGAUCGAAGGUGCACUGAUCGUCUUUGGUCUGGCUGCUCUGGCUGUGCUGGUGUAUAUACGACAGGGCGCUGCGAUGAGGGCGGAACGAGAGAGGAGAGAGGAGGAAGAGCGGAGGAGAAAUCAUCGGGCAGAUGGCGCGCCUGCGCCUGCGCCUGGGCUCGCGGGCACGAACGAUGCGGCACCGUUGGAUCGAGAUGAUGCCAUUGGUAACGGCGGCGGUGGCGGCGGUGGUGGUGGUGGCGGUGGUGGAGGUGGUGGCUUUUUGGGAAAUAUGGGGCGCGGUCAACCGGACUUGCCCUUUCCUUGGCCGCCCGAAGGUGCCAACGUCUAUGCCGGUUUGUGAUCCCGCACCUUUUUCACCUCCCAUCAUUCCCGCCCCCCCUCACUUGCCCAUUUCGAAUGAAGGCUCUACCCCAUUUCGAUGGGGGAGAAAUCUUGUCUUGUCACACGUCUCACGCACGAAAUUUUUUCAAAACAUGUCAUUGUACCGCCCUCCAUCGUGACGCUGUCCGAGCCUCAAAUGGACAAUGUCGUUGGGGUUGGGGGGGACGUGCCACGGCGAGCUGCUAGCAGUAUUCGAAUGCAACC